AGCGUGGAGGCUUGUGGGUGUCUGCAGUAGAGGUGAGCUAGUGGUCCGCCUGCCUUCGUAGCUGGUUGGGUUAGAAGCGGGCAGGGGCGUUUGGCCCGGGCUGCUAAUCUGGAGUGGUGACCUUGAGGGUGGAGUUCGAGGUUUCCUGGUUUCCUGCUUCUGGGUGGACUAGGCUCCACCCUUUCGUCCUGCUCAGAGCCAAGAUGUGGGUGUGCUGGUUGGUGAGACAGGACAUCCGGCACCAGCGAAUCAAACUUCCCCAUUUGGAAGCUGUUGUGAUUGGUCGAAGCCCAGAGACUAAGAUCAUAGAUAAGAAAUGUUCCCGACAGCAAGUACAGUUGAGAGCAGAGUGUAACAAGAGAUAUGUCAAAGUAAAGCAGAUGGGGGUCAAUCCCACCAGCAUUGACUCAGUCGUCAUUGGGAAGGACCAAGAGAUGAAGCUGCUGCCUGGUCAGGUUCUUCACAUGGUGAAUGAACUUUAUCCAUACAUUGUAGAGUUUGAGGAAGUGGCAGAGAGCCCUAACCCAACACAAAGGAAGAGGAAGAGAUCAGACUGUGAUAGUGAGGAGAUGGAAGCUAAGUCUGGAACAGGGCUGGCACCUGGGAGCAGCCCCAGCCAGUGCUCUGUGCCCCUUAAGAAGGGCAAGGAUGGAAUCACCAAAGAGGAAUCACUGGGCCACUGGAGUCAAGGCUUGAAGCUGUCUAUGAAAGACCCCAAAGUGCAGGUUUACAAAGAUGAUCAGGUGGUGGUGAUUAAGGAUAAGUACCCCAAAGCCCGUCACCACUGGCUGGUCUUACCGUGGGUCUCCAUUUCCAGUCUGAAGGUUGUGACCAGUGAACACCUUGAACUUCUCAAACAUAUGCACACUGUGGGGGAAAAGGUGAUAGCAGAUUUUGCUGGAUCCAGCAAACUGCGCUUCCGAUUGGGUUACCAUGCCAUUCCCAGCAUGAGCCACAUACAUCUUCAUGUGAUCAGCCAGGACUUUGAUUCUCCUUGCCUUAAAAACAAAAAGCAUUGGAAUUCUUUCAAUACAGACUACUUUCUGGAAUCACAAGCUGUGAUCAAGAUGGUUCAGGAAGCCGGCAGAGUAACUGUUAAGGAUGGGACUUGUGAACUCUUGAAGCUGCCUCUCCGGUGCCAUGAGUGUCAACAGCUGCUGCCUUCCAUCCCACAGCUGAAAGAGCACCUCAGGAAGCACUGGGGCAUAUGACAUUUGCCUUGGUGGCGGAGUGCAGUGCUAGCAUUUGUCUGCAUUGCCUGUGUUCCGCUCAAUCCUGAACUAAAGCAUACAGCCUUCAAAACAAAGCUUAUUUAUUCUUGAGUGGCCACAUAUAGGGCGACUCUGGUUCAGAAACUGGGAAUUCGGGUUUGUAUGGGUAUUCUCUGGUAAUGGAGGCUGAGACAUGCCUGAUCAUCCUUCCUAGGACCAUGUCAGGCCUGACUAAUGAGAGCGCAGAGCCAGCUUAAGACUCAAAUGCACCAUGUAGAAGCAGAGGACUGGUAAUAUAUUUUGUUCCGACCUUCA